ACACUCGCGAGCCCCGGCGACAUGCAAAUGAGCCCGGCUCCAGAGCUCAGGCCCAAGUCCCCCACUGCUCAAUGGACACCCCCAGCCCAGACCAGUUGCCUUCGCCUUUGCCCCAGGAGGAAGAAAACCCUCUGGCCUUGCCGCCUCCUGUUCGUCGGGGCCGCCGGGGCCGCCCUCCCGGUACUGCUGCCUCCUCGCACUGGACGCUCAAGGCCUCCUUCUCCCGUAAGCGGGGCCAGCCCCCCAAACCAGGGCAGGAGCCCCCGCUGGUGCAGGGGCCCAUGGCCCCGGUGGACAGCGGCGGGGGUAGCGACCUGCUGUAAAUCGAUGAUCAGGGUGUGCCCUAUACAGUCUCUGAAGGGUCAGUGGCAGGUGGGACCGAGGGCUCGGGUCCCAAGAAGGCGCGGCACUUCUGCCCAGUGUGCCUGCGGACCUUCCCCUACCUCUCUGACCUGGAGCGCCACAGCAUCUCGCACUCGGAGCUGAAACCGCACGAGUGCAAGGACUGUGGCAAGACCUUCAAGCGGUCCAGCCACCUGCGGCGGCACUGCAACAUCCACGCUGGCCUGCGGCCCUUCCACUGUCUGCUCUGCCCGCGCCGCUUCCGCGAGGCCGGCGAGUUGGCGCACCACCAUCGGGUGCACUCGGGGGAGCGGCCCUACCAGUGCCCCGUCUGCCGGCUGCGCUUCACCGAGGCCAACACGCUCCGGCGCCAUGCCAAACGCAAGCACCCAGAGGCCAUGGAGGCACCCGUGUGUCCCCCGGACCCAGGACCUGAGCUGCCAUGGGACGACGAGGGCAUCCCGGCCACUGCUGGCGCCGAGGAGGAGGAGGAGGAGGAGGAGGAGGAGGAGGAGGAGGAGGAGGAGGAGGAGGAGGAGCCACAGGAGAGGAAAGAGCUGGCCUGACCCACAAGCUGGCCCCCCUCGCCCCCUACCAGGCCUUGUGCUGGCUGGGCUGCUGCUGGGCCGUGGUUGUGGGGGGCUGGGACUACCUCCUGUCUCAUGGCCUUUCGUUUGUGGGAGGGGGUUAAGGGUGAGGGCCUCGGUAUUGGGGUCCCAUCACUCUCCAUCACCCUGCCUAGGACUGACAGGCCCUCGGAGCCAGGGGCCAUGGAAAUAAA